UUUCCCCACUUUUCCCUCCACAAGCGCAAGGUUUUCCCUCCCUCCCUCCGCUCAACCCCACCCCAGCGCCAUGGCCGCCACCUCCUCCGCCGCCGCCCCCGCCGACGCAUACGACAUCCCGUGGGUGGAGAAGUACCGCCCCAGCCGCGUCGCCGAUGUCGUCGGCAACGCCGACGCCGUCAGCCGCCUCGAGGUCAUCGCCCGCGACGGCAACAUGCCCAACCUCAUCCUCUCCGGGCCUCCGGGGACCGGGAAGACGACGAGCAUCCUGGCGCUCGCCCACGAGAUGCUGGGGCCCAGCUACCGCGAGGGCGUGCUCGAGCUCAACGCCUCGGACGACAGGGGGCUUGAUGUGGUGCGGAACAAGAUCAAGAUGUUCGCGCAGAAGAAGGUCACACUGCCACCUGGACGGCACAAGAUCGUCAUACUGGACGAGGCUGACAGCAUGACAACAGGGGCACAACAAGCACUGAGAAGAACCAUGGAGAUUUAUUCCAACACCACAAGAUUUGCUCUUGCCUGCAAUACUUCAUCUAAAAUCAUUGAACCCAUCCAAAGUCGCUGCGCUAUUGUCCGGUUCUCGAGGCUUUCAGAUCAGGAGAUCCUUGGCCGCCUUAUGGUCGUGGUGGCAGCCGAGAAGGUCCCUUAUGUGCCGGAAGGUCUUGAAGCCAUAAUUUUUACUGCUGAUGGUGACAUGAGACAAGCUUUGAACAAUUUGCAAGCUACAGUCAGUGGGUUUCGUUUUGUUAAUCAAGAAAAUGUGUUCAAGGUAUGUGAUCAACCACAUCCCUUGCAUGUCAAGAGUAUGGUGAAAAAUGUACUCGAUGGGAAGUUUGACGAGGCCUGCUCUGGCCUAAAGCAACUCUAUGAUUUGGGCUACUCUCCUACCGACAUAAUCACCACUCUCUUCCGUGUCAUCAAGAACUAUGACAUGGCUGAAUUUCUGAAGCUGGAAUUGCUGAAGGAGACAGGAUUUGCGCACAUGAGGAUCUGUGAUGGCGUUGGGUCAUUCCUUCAGCUUUCCGGCCUUCUGGCCAAGUUUGCUCUGGUGAGGGAAACAGCCAAAGCGUAACGCUGUGCAGCUGCUCUGACAUCAGUUAACAGUGUUGUGAUGCGUAUCCUGUUUAUCACGACUCUGUCUUGGUAUCUCAGUGUGUAAGAUAGUUCUUCGCUGAAGUGAACUAUUUAUGUUUGUUUAGCGUCGGAGAUGUAGUUGUAGCCUGUAGUGACUAGUGAGGAGACUGAGUCCUCGUAGUUCGAGUGCUUUUGGCCCAGCCAUCCGUGCUUCACGCGCUGCUGUAUUUCGGAACUAAUCUGGGUAUUUUUCGGGUCUUUUGUAGUCUAUUGAGCUGUCGUACCAGCAUCAUGAAGGAACCGUCAGUUAUCCAAGUCAACUGCAUAUCAAUUAUGGAUUGGCAGAAAAUGGAUUCAUCAUUUCCUUGCAUUUUUA